AUGCCUAGUGCUAUUCUUAUCGCUUAUAUUGUUUGUUUUUCGAUAGGCUUAGUUUCAAGUACCAAGCUUCUAUAUCGAGAUGCAAUGCCGCACAGCGUCGUUGAGACGAAUGGAACUUCCAGAACAGCCACAUCUAAAGAAAGAUUUGUGGCUGCUGCUUUCGACCUCGCCCAAGUUUUUCUAUUUAUAAACGACAUAACGGCAAUCGCUAUUGCAAUCGCUUCCAUCAGCCAUUUCAAAUGGAUAGAUCUUUCGAUCACAUUCACGCUCCAACUUCUUACAAGCAUGAAUUUUGUGCGCCACCUCCAGGGCUUGUUUAUGGACCGUACUAUUACGUAUCUUCCAUAUAUAGCUGCCAUUAUCUUGACUGCACGGGAUAGUGUCCGGUAUCUUGGCAACCCUUUCACGAGGGACCCUUCUGGAUUCCUCAUCUGGGAUAUUAAUACGGAAAUGCUACUUAUAUACGAAUCAGUAAUCUUGUUUACCCUCAGCAUAGGACCACUCACAGUUGUAAGAUUAUCUUACCGAUCUCUACGUCAACACCGCAAUUCAGGGAGAAACAAUCAAAAUUACAAGGUUAUAUUGAUGGUUUUUUUCAUCAUCAACAUGGCAGUCGUACUGAGUGAGUUAUGUGGAACAGCUAUCAUCCUACGCUCUGUUCUUUUGUCCAAGCCUGAAACUGGUACCCGCGAUGGGAUUUUUCUCGUUUGUACAUUUGCUCAGAUACUUUCCAACUUUAGUAUCGCUUUUCCCAUCAUCAUCAAAUGGAUUAUCAAAGGAAUCAAUGGGUGGGAGGCCAUAUUCCAUCUACUUGAGAGAGACUACAAUAAUUCACAAGGAGCAUUCGAGCUCAAUAGUCAGGAUUCCCCAAGGGGAACACGUACUUGA